AUGCCGGCGUUUGCGCGAUCAAUUACCCCUUUCAUACGGACAGCCCGGUCGUCGUGGCUGCAGGGAAAUUCCACCAGCCCACUUCAACAUGCAUUAAGAGGACAAAAAGGAGCCGCGGUGUUGAACACUGCCAGAGCGUACGCCACGGCGUUCGAGCGAACGAAACCUCAUGUUAAUAUUGGUACAAUUGGUCACGUCGAUCACGGAAAGACCACAUUGACGGCAGCUAUCACAAAGAGACAGGCCGAGAAGGGAUUCGCAAGCUUUUUAGAUUAUGGUUCCAUCGAUAAAGCUCCUGAGGAACGAAAGCGUGGUAUCACCAUUUCCACCGCACAUAUCGAAUAUGCCACCGAAAACAGACAUUACUCUCACGUCGACUGUCCCGGUCACGCCGAUUACAUUAAGAACAUGAUUACUGGUGCGGCCAAUAUGGAUGGUGCCGUUAUCGUUGUUGCUGCUUCGGAUGGACAAAUGCCUCAGACAAGAGAACAUCUUUUGCUUGCCCGACAAGUCGGUGUUGAGAAGAUUGUCGUCUUCGUAAACAAGGUCGACGCUCUUGAGGACCCUGAAAUGUUGGAAUUGGUCGAAAUGGAAAUGCGUGAACUGUUGAACACGUAUGGAUUUGAGGGUGAUGAAACCCCAAUCAUUCUCGGCUCCGCUCUUUGCGCGCUGGAAGGUCGCAGAGACGAGAUUGGCACCCAGAAGAUUGAUGAACUUCUGGCAGCCGUCGAUACCUGGAUUCCAACACCAAAGCGUGAGCUUGACAAACCUUUCUUGAUGUCCGUCGAGGAUGUCUUUUCUAUCCCAGGUCGUGGAACUGUCGUUUCCGGUCGUGUUGAGCGUGGUGUUCUGAAGAAGGAUGAGGAAGUCGAGAUUCUUGGAAAGGGAGAGACAGUAAUUAAGACCAAGGUCACUGAUAUUGAGACCUUCAAGAAGUCUUGCGACGAAUCCCGUGCAGGUGACAACUCCGGCCUUCUCAUCCGUGGUGUCAAGCGCGAAGAUGUUCGUCGAGGAAUGGUCGUCUCCAAGCCAGGAACCACCAAGGCCCACCAGGAAUUCUUGGUUUCCAUGUACGUCCUUAGCAAGGAGGAAGGUGGACGUCACACUGGAUUCAUGAACAACUACCGUCCUCAGAUGUUCAUUCGUACAGCUGAUGAGCCAUGUGCCCUUUUCUGGCCUGAGGGUACAGAGGAUGCUGAUUCCAAGAUGGUCAUGCCAGGAGACAACGUUGAAAUGAGAUGCGAAAUCCAUAACCCAGUCGCUCUUGAGAAGGGACAACGUUUCAACGUUCGUGAGGGAGGCCGAACUGUCGCGACUGGUCUUGUUACCCAGAUCAUCAAAUAA